GUGUAUGGGCGUUGGGGGAUUGCUAACGGGGCCUACGAAAUCUGUCUGCUUCGAUUGCCAAAACUUGGCACUGGCGUGACCACAGCGGAGCAGGGAAGAACACUGGGGCUUGACAAGGGAGCCGUGACAUGCUCCUGGUCAUUGCUGGUCUCACCUAACUUUUGUCAGGAAUCCUGGUUCGGUGGAGGAACGAGAGCGUGAUAUGUGGGGGCCAUCGGCGGGUGGGAGCUGGACGCUGCACCAUACCUGAUGAGACCGGUCGGGGGUUAUACCCCUCGAUCUUUGAUAUGGAGGUUUUUGCGGGGAUCUCCUGCCCUGACACUGUUGUCAGGGGCAGCCCGCGAAGGAGAAGGAGCGGGAGGAGGAGCGUGGGGGAGUCCAGUAGGAGGAGCGGGAGAAGGGGGAGGAGCGGAGGAGGAGCAGGAGGAGGUGCGGGACAAGGAGGGAGACAAGGAGGGGGAGGAGGAGCGGGAGGAGCGGGAGGAGAGCGAGGAGGAGGAGGAGGAGGAGGAGGAGGAGGAGGAGGAGGGGGAGGAGGAGUGGCAGGAGAAGGGGCGGCAGGAAACGGUGAGGGGGAGUUAACGAGCUCGCGGGAGGCGGGUAUGAAAAGCAGAAGGAGAAGGGUGGGGAAAGGAAAGCCGGCGGGUCAGCCAGCGAGAAAAAGCGCCGGACGAGGAACGGAAGGAGGAGCGGGAGGAGGAGGAGGACCGGAGGAGAAGCAGGAGGAGGUGCGGGAAAGGGAGCGGGAAAGGGAGCGGGAGAAGGAGCGGGAGGAGAAGGGGGACGAGGAGCGGGAGGAGGAGGAGGAGCGCGAGGAGGAGCGGGAGGAGAAGCAGGAGAACGAGUGCGAGGAGGAGCAGGACAAGGGGCGGUGGGAAACGGGGAGGGGGAAUUAACGAACGCGCCGGAUGGAUUGGAAAAGCGGAAGGAGGGAAGGGAGGAGAGGGGUGGGGUCGAGGAAGGGUGGACGCGGACGCUCUCUCUCUCUCUCUCUCUCUCUCUCUCUCUCUCUCUCUCUCUCUCUCUCUCUCUCUCACACACACACACACACACACACACACACCUGUCGGCAGGUGUGGAGUCGGGGCGAUGCGGGUGGGAGGAAGUGGAGGGAGAAGAGAGGAGCGGGGACGACUGAGAGGGCGGAAGGCCGGCGAG